AUGAAGUUCUCCGGUAUUGCAGCGCUCAGCACCUUGGUCUCUUUGGGCAGUGCCCAAGCUGGGCCCAAUACCUUGGCUAGGUACAACCCAGCCAAUCGAACAAUGUCAGCCAACACAACAUACUGUCUUGUUCCUAUUGACAAAAGCGUUGUCAAAGAGAUCACCGGCUAUGAUCCCCUUGAUAUUGCCACGGACAUCCUCCCUUCGUUCCCAGAAGGCAAACACCCCCUCAUAGUUCAAGCGGGAUAUAACAAUGAUAUCCGCAUGACAGCCCUGAACCUCAUUCCACUGCAGAUCGCAUCUCUCAUGCAAGCCUCUUUGAUCGUCCCUUAUGUCGAUGUUACGAAGGAUGGCGAGACCCCAAUUGGUGCUCCUGUGAACUACUACAUCGGAGGCACCAAUGACCGCGCCCUACAGGCUAUUGUGCCCAGUAUUGCAUCUGGGGUAUCACCCUUCGAAGGAACUACAAUCUUUCCAGCCACAUUUGACCCUGAUACUUCCGCCGCAGAACCCCUCCCCGAUGGCGAGUACAGCGUUCAAGUCAAACCCUUUCUCCUCCCAAACACCGUCUCAGGACCAGGCAUCUACGCCGAAGCUUUCGACAUGCUGUUUGAGUUGACGAACGACUCUCCAUACACUCCCCACACAUUCCAUUCCCUUCUCAACAUUCCCCAGCUUCUGAACAAUGGAAAGUGUCAACGCAACACAGUCUAUUUCAAUGAAUCAUUCGCGGAUCCUAAGAUGGCUGUUGCUGAAAUUACGCUGUACCAUCAGAUUCUAGCAACACCGCCUGAGGGUUUGGAGGGUGUUUAUGAGGAUGUUUAUUGCUAUACUGCUAAUGGGCAGGUUGUUUCUAGUGUGGGGGAGACUUGUUCUGUCGCGGCUGCGAGAAUGGAUCCUGAGGCUAAGAUCUGA